AUUGUUAAGUACCAGACAGCCUAUUUUGAGAAACUGUUCAUCAGACAUCACACGUCGGCCGGUCGUGGUGAACAUUCUUGUUCCGACUCCCGGCACAUUACCGGCACAACUCCUCCCCCCCCCCCCCCCCCCCCCAUUUUCAGCUGAAAACGACACUACAGUCAGCUGAACUUUAGAAGCCAAUCUUACUUCACUUCAGACCUCACUCCAGCUCAAGCUAAAUCAAGAAACUGGCUUGUUUGAUUCUUUCAGAUCGCAAGAAUUAGGCAGUCAAAUACAAAAACUUUGGGCUGACAUAAAAAAAAGAAUGAAGAAAUGGGCAGGAUAUUUGCUUAUUCUUGGUCUUGCUGUUACUUUGUUAUUUCGAUAUAGCUCCAUCGAAAAACCACUGCAAAAACAAUCGGCUUAUGAUUUUUUCAACAAUCAUCCGCCAAGUAGUACUUAUAACGUUGAGGAUUAUGCAAAAGAUAUUAGUGAUGAUAAUGUGGAAGAAGUAAUUCCUCCAGUGAAGGAAACCAAUCAUUCUAGGUUUAAAGGGAAGCCACAUUUUGUCAACUUUGAUGGGUUCGUUGAUUUAUAUAGCUCGCAUAAUGUUUCAGACUCUGUGGCUAUGCUUGUGUGGGGUGAAAUGCGGUCUUUAUUAUCUCGGUCAGAUGCACUGCCUAAUACUGCCCAGGGAAUUAAGGAGGCUUCCCUGGCUUGGAAAGAGUUGUUGUUAUCAAUAACUGAAGAGGACAAAUCAUUGGAUGAGAAAGAAGGUCAGAACUUGACAAAGAGUCCCAUUAUCAUUCAGAAUGCAUGGACUAACGCAUCUGGGUGGGGAAAAGUGGAGAGAUGCCCGGAUCGUGGUUCGGCCGACACACCAGAAGUUGAUGGACUUGCAAUGUGUAAUGCAAAAAUUAUAAGAAGCAACUUGGAACAUAUUUCAAAUGCUAGUCAUCUGGAAAGCUUGAAUCGGGCUGACGGUUCAAAUGGAACUGCACAUGCAAGACCCGAUUUUCCAUUCGUCCAAGGUUACCCGUUUACUGCAACAUUAUGGGCUGGUUUGGAAGGAUUUCAUAUGACUGUAAACGGAAGACAUGAAACUUCUUUUUCCUAUAGAGAGAAACUGGAGCCAUGGUCGGUUAAGAAAGUCUGUGUGGGAGGUGGGUUGGACAUCAUAUCUGCCUUAGCAAAAGGACUGCCAGUUUCUCAAGAUCCAGAUUUGGCUGAUGUUGAACAACUCAAAGCUCCAUUAUUAAGUGGCAAGAAACAGCUUACAAUGCUGAUCGGAGUAUUCUCAAUGGGAAACAAUUUUGAGAGACGGAUGGCAUUGAGAAGAACAUGGAUGCAGUAUGAAGCUGUACGCUCUGGGCAAGUGGCUGUCCGGUUUUUCAUUGGUCUUCAUACAAGCAAGCAAGUCAAUUUGGAAAUUUGGAAAGAAGCUCAAACAUACAAAGAUAUUCAACUGAUGCCUUUUGUUGAUUACUACACCUUGCUCAAUUUGAAAACGGUUGCCAUAUGCAUUCUUGGGGUAAAAUUUCUCCCAGCUAACUAUAUAAUGAAAACGGAUGAUGAUGCAUUUGUAAGGAUAGAUGAAAUCCUUUCAAGCCUCAAAGAUAAGCAUUCCACCAGUCUCUUGUAUGGCCGAGUAGCUUUUGAAUCUUCUCCCCAUCGGGAUAAGGAGAACAAAUGGUACAUCAGUACUGAGGAAUGGCCUCAUUCCUCAUAUCCACCUUGGGCUCAUGGUCCUGGAUAUAUAAUUUCUCGAGAUAUAGCAAAGUUCAUUGUCCAGGGUCAUAAAAAAAGGGACCUUAUGCUUUUUAAACUCGAAGACGUUGCUGUGGGCAUAUGGAUUAAAGAGUUCAAACAAAAGGGUCAUAAGGUGAAAUACGUACACGACGAUCGGUUCUACAAUGAUGGCUGUGAGUCAAAUUACAUUCUUGCUCAUUAUCAGAAUCCAAGGAUGGUGCUCUGCCUGUGGGAGAAACUACAGAAAGAGAAUCAACCAAACUGCUGCCAGUGAUUUUAUAUGUCACCCAUUGCUAAAUAGACAAAGGUGAGUCUAUAUCAGUUGCCGACCACUACAGCCUAGCUUAUAUGGAAUUGGUUAAUCCUGCCAAGAUGUACCAUAUUCUUUUGGGGAUCAUGCUGAUUUCCAUAUUCUUUUUCUUUUCAUACUUUGUUUUGUUCCCUUCUCUUUUUAGUCUUUUUUUGUUUCCCCUUUUUCUCUUUUCCUUAUCCUCCAUUGGGUUCUCCAUCGAUGAGGCAAUGGAAGUGAUCAGAUUGGACUCAUCUUGACCGCUACAAGUUCAUUCACUCACAACACAAAUAUAGUGGGACAAAUGGGAAAAGUUUGGAGCAAGAAAAGAUUUGGUGCAAUUAUCAUGAGCUACUCAAUCUGGAUGAUUCGGGUCCAUCCGAUCCUUAUCAGAGCGGUCAAUUCCAAACUGUGCCUGGUUAUUUAUAACCAUUGUAGUACCUUAUUGCAGCAAGCAAAUGUGUUUUUUCGAAGAUACUUUUUCCAGCAUAAGGGUGGAAAUGAAGAGGAUGAUGGCAAGAAACCAGCUUUACACUUUAUGGUGUAGCUAUAAAAUGUGAGGCAGUCAAAUAUAUAUGUUCAGAUUUGAAAAUCUAUUUUGGGACUUCGAUAGCAGAUAGCCGGAUAUUGUUUUCGAGACAUUUUUGUAUUGGCAGUUACAAAGUUAAAGAUUUUUUAUCAUCUUUGACAGCCAACCUGUUUCGAUUCAUACUAGCUUUAGUUAGAGUUCCAAAUUCUCAUCUUCAUUGUAUGGCUCAUUAGAGUUUUUAAAAUUUUAUGGUUUGAGAUAAUUUGUUAACUACGGUGUGGGAAAAGAAAUCCAACAAGUUUGUAUUAUAAGAAUGUUUUCAUUUGGCUGAAAACUUUUAGUUUGGUCUAACCUGAUUUGAUUUGGUAUUA